AUGUUCCUCUCUACUAGAUAUAAUCCUUUUGACUAAUUCGACAGAACUUUCAACUCAUUUUGGGAUGAUGAUUUCUCUGAUUUCUUCUCUACCAUUAGAGUUCCACAAACUAGAAGAAUCUCAAAAGAAGAGCAGUUGAAAAGAAAACUUAAUCAGCUUCAUGAAGAAGAAAAUGAAAUCAAUCACUAUAUUAAACAAUAUGAAUCUUAAAUUGAAUAAUUGAAGAAGAAUAAAGAGCAUGUUGAAAAAUAAAAAAAUGUUAUUACUGAAUAAAUAACUAAGAUAGUAGAAGAAAAGAAAAAACAAUUAGAAACUAACCAAAAUGAAAAUAAUUAAAAUUAAAAAUCUGAAAGCCAUGUAUUUAAGAAGGUACACUAUAUUUCUGAUGGCAUGGAAAUAGAAGAGUAAUACGAUAGCACUAAUCCUAAAAACUGUUAUAAGAUUAUUAGAAAAUAAGGAGAAGCUCCACAAAUAAUUAGUGGUGAAUAAUAACAUAAUUAAAUUGAAUAAAACAAUACUGAAGAGCAAUAAUAAGUUUAAAGAUAGAAAUUAGGAAAUGGACUUGAUGAAAAAUUAGAAUAACUAUGCAAAAUGACUGGAAAAACAUUUUCAGAACUUGAAAAUUUUGUUGUUGAAAAUAAAGACCUUACAAUUGGUUAAUUAUUUGAUAAAGCAUCUGAAUAAAAAUUAAUUUGA